ACUGUUCGUUCCAUGGGAUCCCUACACCCUCUGUGCAGUGGUUGAUGGAAGGUGUUCCUGUGGAUGUGAACAGCACAGACAACAUCUUCCAGGUGACUUCCACCAUAAUUGGCCCCUGGACCAACAGCACCAUCAGCCUCAUAGGGGAGCCAGAAAUAGUCAUGAGUCUCCGCUGUGAGGGGAAGAACCAGUAUGGAACCCAUACUUCAAGCAUCUUCCUCCUACCAGAUAAACGUUCAGUUUACAGUGUGUUCAUGAAGGGGCUGAUCCAGGGCCUUGUGUAUGGAUCCAUUGCGUCGGCACUGUUCUUCUUCUUCCUUGUCCUCCUUGCAAUGAAGAUUCUUAAAUGGUGGGAGGACAGUCACAUUCCCAAGGCCAGAGAGGCCCCAAUUAUCCAGAAGCCAGAGCUGCCGGAGGAGCCAGAAACAGCCGUGGAGUCUGAAGCCAAAACUCCUGGGCCUCAAUUGGAGGGCUCCCGAGAGAGGACAGACCAUGGACAGACAGACUCCCAGACGGAUCAAGACACACGCAUGGAUCGAAAAUGCGGAGACCGACCGGCCCAGCCCGACCUCACAGACCUACAGGGCAGGAGCAGCGACUUUGUCUGAGAAUCUAAGACCGGAGACCACCGCUAGGAGCUCACGCAUUCCCUGGGCAGACAUCCCCCAAAAGACUCCUAGGUGCUGGGCCUCUUGGUCAGCCCCCACCAGGGACACACCUGCUUCCUGCCCUUGAGCGACACGGUCUGGGCCGGCAGGCGGACGUGCAGGAGCACGGAGGAUGGACAGAGGAGCCUGGGGGGAGGCAGCGCUAGGAAAUGGGCUAAUGCUGUGGCAGAGGCCACACGGGCACUGUGACCCAGAACGACAGUCACCCUCCUGAGGCCUCGGGCACUACCAAGCAAAUCCGCCCUCGGCGGCGUUCUGCAGAGAGAAACAGGGAGCUGUGGGAGGGAAGCGCCCGAAACACUAAAGAAGCCCCAGAGGCCUCUCUGCAGGGACACUGGGGAUCAUGAAGCCCGUCCUCCACACCCCCACAUUUCAAACGGGGAAACCGAGCC